GCGAGCAGCAUCUUGGCUGCAGUGUUUUUGUCUCUCUGUCAGUGUGAGCGCUCCUGGGCCGAGGCGGCUGAAAGGAUUUCUAGAGGGCAGGUGCUGACUGUAAGAGUGCAAGAAAAGGAAGAGAGAGCAAGGAGCCUGGGGAGUAGAGAUCCCAUCCUUGCAGCGCAAGCAGCUGGUGAGAGUUGUUGGGUGACUGUUUGAAUAGCAGCCCCAGGCUCAUUAUGGCUCAGGUGCUUCAUAUGGACCCCGGCUUCCCAGGGAAACUCAACCCGCCUGCUCCCCCUUCCCUGCAUGGCAAAGAACAGGAGGCGGCGCCCUACUCAGUGGAGACCCCCUAUGGCUACCGUUUGGACCUAGACUUUCUCAAAUAUGUUAACGACAUAGAGAAGGGAAACACUAUCAAGAAGGUGCCUAUCCAACGCCGGCCACGCUAUGGCUCCCUGCCCCGUGGCUAUGGCUACACCGGCUCCUGGUGGACCUCCACAGAGUCUCUUUGCUCCAACACCAGCAUGGACAGCCGACACUCCUCCUUCUCCUACUGUGCCCCAGGCUACCACACGUCGCAGAGGCCCAGCUUCAGCUCUGCCCGGGUGGAGAAGACCCUGUUGGAUGCACGCAGGAAGCUGGAGGAGGAGAAAGAGGGCCGCAGAUUCUCCAACCUGGGCAACCUGGGCAGCAUGCACAGCAGCAUCGCAGGCUCUAACACCUCUCUCAGCAGUGCACACAGCUUUAACCGAGCCCAUGGUGGGGGCGGAUCCUUUACCCCAUUGAGUUCUGGCCUGUCCACCCCAGUGACCCCAACACCAGCACACCUGCAGCACGUCAGGGAGCAGAUGGCUGCAGCCCUCAGGAAGAUAAGGGAGCUUGAGGAGCAGGUGAAGACCAUCCCUGUGCUGCAGGUCAAAAUCUCUGUCCUGCAGGAGGAGAAACGGCAACUCAGCGUCCAGCUGAAGAGCCAGAAGUUCCUGGGUCAUAGUCUGAGUUUCAACCGAGGUCGUUCCAGAGGAGAGCUCUACAUCGACAUCCCUGAAGAAGAUGUGAGCACUGGAGCUAAGAGCAGCAAAAGGUCUGCAGGGCCACUGUCUCCCACCACACCCGAGGGCUCCAAGCUUCAAGACUCAGGGUGUGAGAUUGAGGACACAGUGAUUGUGGGUGGAGCGCGACCAGAUGCGAAGCGGGAAGUGCGCACCAUUGGAGUGGGACCAGAGAACGUGAGGGGCGGUCGUGAGGUUGGAGUCGGCGUUCGGGAGGAGGAUCUGGGGCUGCUGCCAGAGACAGAGGCUCUUAAGAAUCAAGUGGGUCAACUUGAGGUCCAGCUAAAGAGGACGGUGCAGGAACUGCAGGAAUGCCAACAGCAGGUUGCAGCAGUCCAGAAGGCCCCUCGGGCAGAGCAUCCAGUCAUGGCUACCAGCGUGGGCUGGCAGGAGCCACAAGGCUGCAGCUUGCACACUCUGGUCAGUUUCACACAACUGCCCCAACAGAGGGAACAGAGAACUGUGGGAAUCCAGGUGUACACACUGGAGCAACCUACUGUCGUGGAGGUGGGCACACUGCUCCGAGCAGAGACCUGCAGCUCCCCCUACCUUCAACCAGCUGGUGGAGUCGGGGAGGGCCACAGAGGACAAGCUGAAGAUGUUCCAGUUGAGUUUCCGAUUGCAGUCAGCUCGAAGCAGGUGCGUGACAUCCUAAAGAGCGAGUUGUCCACUUCGGUACCUGUAGCUAAUCCUGCCAUUGCAGUAAGCACGUCUGGUAAUCAGAUUGGUUUGUUGCAUUCAAAAGAAGAAGAGACACACCUGCAUACAUCCACAGAGACUGUUCAGUCACAAGAAGGCCCUAAGACAGCCUCAUCUCCCCAGUCUUCUCUGAGGUCCAUCAUGAAGCGGAAAGCAGAAGGUGAACCAGGAUCUCCCUCUACAAAGAAGAACCUACAGUUCAUUGGAGUCAAUGGAGGCUACGAGUCCACAUCAUCAGACGAUAGCAGCAGCGAAAGCUCAGAUGAGGGGAGUGAUUCCAGCGAAUAUCAUGAAGCCAAAGAAAAACUACCAGAGUCAGCAGUCCAGCUCAAGCAAAUAACCCACAGCAAGGCUUCCCAACCUCCAGAAAGCAACAGUGUACCUCAACAGACUGCUGUCAAACUUCCAGUCGUCAUUCCAGACUCACAGCAGAGUCCCAACCAGUCUGCAACUGUAGACACUAGACUGCCAGACAAAGCCCCCGGGUCACCAGCAACGGACGCUGCCUUCGACUCCAUUUUAACUCCUCCAUGCCCAUCAAACGAUGCUGCCUCUAAAGAGACUGUCAAUCAGUCAUCAGAAAAACUCACAGUCACCCAGGAGAUCACCUCCACAAUAUCAAGCACUGAAUCCACUCCUGAACAAAGCUCCAUAACAUCCUCAGCUACCUGUACUUCAUCGCUGUGUGUCACUGAAACCACUGAGAUUACUAAGCAGAAAUACACCGUCCAGUCAGAAACAACUGUCCUCUCCAGUCAAUCGGAGCCAAACCUGGCAGCGGAAAGCCUCGCAAAUGACACUGCCACAACACCGACCAAGCAAGUCAGACUGGACCUGAGUGACAGCCUGAUGUCAGCUCUUCAUGCCCUGCAGAAAGCCCUGGGGGAACCCAAUGCUUUCAGCCAACAAGGAGCAAGGGCAGCCUACACCACGGUGCUGCAGGAGUGGCUGCGCGUGUCCUGUCACAAAGCAGCGGACACAACUGUUGUCAAGGCCUAUAUGAACACCUUCGACUUAGUCUCCCCUCAGCUGCUGGAGUUUGUGAUCAACAUGGCAGAUGGCAACGGGAAUACAGCGCUUCACUACACCGUCUCCCAUUCCAACUUCCCCGUGGUGAAACUGCUGCUGGACACCGGCCUGUGUAAUGCUGACAAGCAGAAUAAAGCGGGCUACACGGCCAUCAUGCUGACAGCUCUGGCCGCCUUCCACUCUGACAAUGACCUGCAAACCGUCCUGCAGCUCCUGCGCACAGGGGACGUCAACGCCAAGGCCAGCCAGGCCGGUCAGACGGCGCUAAUGCUAGCAGUCAGCCACGGUCGAGGGGACAUGGUGCGGGCGCUGCUGUCCUGCGGGGCACAGGUCAACAUCCGUGAUGACGACGGCUCCACAGCGCUCAUGUGUGCCUGUGAACACGGUCACGUGGACAUUGUGCGCCAGCUACUGUCUGUGCCGGGCUGUGAUGCCACUCUCACUGACAAUGACGGCAGCACUGCUCUGUCCAUAGCCCUGGAGGCCAGCCAGAACGACAUUGCUGUGCUUUUGUAUGCUCACCUCAACUUUGCGAAGCCUCCUUCCCCUGUUUCACCGAAGUCUCCUCUCUUGGGUUCCUCUCCUCCUGCCGGUGAAACAAAAUAAAGCCUGCUUCAGCCACUCCACAGUACCUACUCAUAUAACAAUGUGAUUUUUUUUUUUCAUCUGUGUACUUACCAGAAACUUUAAUUAAUUAAUUAAUUUGUGUGUGCGUUUGUUUUCACCCUCCAUAAUUUAAGUACAUUAUAGUGUGCAGAUAAUUACAUGAUAGCUUGCACCGUUGUUAUCCAUUGCUCUUUGUACACUGUGGUCUUUUUUAAUCACAGUGGUGGUUAAAACAUGGAUUUCUUUGUCUUUGUAUGUGUGUGUGGUACUAUCUGAAAAGUCCAGUCUUGCAGUGAUCCAGUUGUCAGCACUGUUUUUAGUGGCACUUAUAAGUCAAAACUGUUAAUUUGAUUAAUUUCACAGUUCAUUAUUAUACACUUGUUGUUUUAUUCCAUGUGAAUUUCAUAUUAGUUGAUUUAUAGAGCGAUGUGUUUUCAUUGUAAUGCGUACAAUAGCUCUUACACAGUAGCAUCAUUAUGUGUGUGUGACCAUCGCAGUCAUUUGGAAUAACAAAAGCCACCCCUCUCAUGGAUAAGUGUCCUUACAUCAAGUAGCUAAUUGGUGCUACAAAAAUGUAAUACAGAAAACACAACUUCAACAGUAUAUCAAUAUUUAUACACAUGGUUUAUUUACUCUAGAGUAUUUUUGAUAUUGAUUUUUUAAAUGUUGACUAAAUUCAGGACCUCCAAGGAUUACAAUUUUUAUUUCACAAGCAAUGGUUACCUUAUUACACCUUUUUAACCAGAGGAAAAAAUAUUAUUUUAUGUGUUGCCACAUUUCCCAAAAUGUACCCAAAGAUGUAUCUCUCCUAUCAGCUCUGUGACACUGUAUGUGUGGUGAUAGUAUUAGCAGAGGCAUAGCAUCAGUGUGAAGAAGGAAAGAGGUCAACAUUAUUCUCUGAAGGCUACGGUACUAUGGUCUUUGUAUUUUUAUACGUGAAGGUAUUUUGGAUGGAAAAGAUGGAAAGAUUAGAGUGUAUCUGUGUUUGUAAUAUUCUGUGUUUAUAAGAUUUAACAAGACUUGGUUGAGAAAUGACUGAAAGCACUGGUGUAGCCACCUCUGCUGUAGUCAGAAGUUUUGUCAGGGAACCAGAAAGUGACUGAUUGGGGUCUUUAAAGGAUGUGCCGUGUAAGAUGUGAAUAUCAAAAUAAUAUAUGUCAAUAUAAACUGGUAGUUAUUAUGCCUUGAACAAAAGUUCAUAGACUAUUGAUGUCAAAAUUUCUAUUACUUUUUAAAGACUUUUUCACGAUUUUCAUAUUCUCUUUUAAGCAAUUGAAAUUUUAUAAACUAAACACUUUUUUUAUUUAAUUAUCUAUCUUUUUAUACAUUUAGAUUUUUUAAGCUCACACCUACUUUAUGUAAUCGCAAAGCUCUUUAGUUUAUGUUUUAUGAAGGUUUAUGUAAAAUUCUAGAUUGUCUUUCUCCUCUUCUAAUUUGUGCAUUUUGGAAAACCAAUGAAUUAAUAAAUGUGGACCACACUGUUUCUAUUG